AUGAAAACCAACGAAACAAGCUUUCAACAUAUGUUAGUUUGCGUGAAAAAUGUAAAACAAGAAGAUGUGGAGGAAUGGGAUGAGGGGAUGCCCUUACCCGGAGACAUUAUCGAAGGUAUUGCUGCUUCGGAUAGCUGUACCCUCGAAGACAUUGAGGACAGGUUGUUUGUACCAACAAAAGGGAAAGCCGAGCUUAGGUUACAGUUGCGAAGGAUGAGCAAAAAGAACGACGAGGGGUUAGUUUGGUUAAAAGUUCGAAGGGGUAAUCAAAUGUUACAUUUAUGUGUCCGUGUAGUGCAUGAAAAGCGUUUCAGAUUGCAUCGAAAGUUUAGUUUUCGAGCUGCUUCUAAUGAUAAACAUGUCGCAGUUUUAGACAACUUGGAUUUCGAUCAAUGCACAGAACUUCAAGAAAUGAGUAGGAGAGCAGUGAAUGUGGUUCCUCGAGGGUUUAAUCAAGAGGCAAUAAAGUACGAGUGGAGGAGGAAAGUGGCUACUUAUCUGCCGGACCACCGGUCUACAGUCGUUAGUUCUAUUCUUUUCAUGCCUCUUGCAAAUGAACACGAUAUUAAUUCAACGACCACUAGAGCAAUGGCUUGGUUUUCAGCAGCGGUUUCUUCUGGAACUCCUAUCGUGUUUGUUAACAUCCAGACUGAACAGAUUUCAUCAUCGAAGAAAUGUAAUUCAAGUAGGGUUCCGACACAGAACGUGCAUGGAAUAAGGUUAUGGUUUUUGCCAGGAACAGAAGAAAUUCCAAUUGAAUUGAUACCCGAACCUGGAGAAAAUAGAUUUGGGAUCGAUGUCAAAAGGACGGACGAGGGUUUCGUGUGCAUUUUUGCGGUGACAAUAGGCUCAGCUGCUGAUCGUGCUGGUCUGAGACAACUGUUUGAGAACUCGAUUGAAAUGGGGCAUAUGGUUGUGAUAUCACGCUUAGAAGGUAAAAAUGUGAUGCCUACAAUGGUUAGCUCAGAUGGUUUAUUACACUGUUGCAAUCAUGAUGAUAUAAGGGAUACUCUUGUUGGAGCGGUGGAUCAACUGGAAAGCAUAAGCCUUCACAUCAUGUCUUGGCCUACGACCCAAAAUAUUCACACAACACAACCAGUUGGUGCUGCUGCUCUCAGGCCUCCAAUGUAA